UAUUCUAGUUUAUUAAGUUCAAGACCAAUUAACUCCCCGUCUGUUCUCCACCGCCGCCGGCCAUGGCCAACAGCUGCUGGACCUCACCGGAGAUCACGUCACCUGCCACGGUCUGGGAGCAGACUAGGACGCUCAAUUUCGAGGUGACCGAUUACCUGCAGCUCGAUGGCAUGGGUGUCGGCGAGUUCAUUAGUUCGCCCGUCGCCGAAGUCGGCGGCUACGAGUGGAAUAUCAAAUUCUACCCAGACGGGGACGACGAGGACUGUGACGGCCACGCCUCAGCGUUUGUCCGCUGUUACAGGCAAGCCACGGAUCCGGAUGUGACCGCCAAGUUGACGCUGAGCAUCCUAGAGAAAAGGAGCCAGGUAAACGUAGCCAGCUUCGAUGCGCUGAUGUGCAUCUUCUCUCCGUGCGAUUUCCUUACAUGGGGCCACCAGAAAUUCGUCGACAAGUCCAAGCUGGAAUCGCUGUCGCAACUCGGGGACGGCUGCUUCACGAUACGGUGCGUCCUCGCCGUCAUCACCGACGAGCCACCGUCUCGGGGGCUGUCUCGGGAGCUGCCCAGCCAACUCUCCAGCCAAUUCGAGAGCAUGCUCGAGGACGGGAGAGGCGCCGACGUCACGUUCCGCGUGGGCAGGCACAAGUUCCUCGGGCACAGGUGCGUUCUGGCCGCGCGGUCGCCGGUCUUCAGAGCUCAGUUCUAUGGCCCCAUGGCGGAGAAGGACAAGCCGCGCGUCAAGGUCGUCGACGUGGAGCCGGCCAUCUUCCAGAUGAUGCUUCGCUACAUUUAUGCAGACACGCUGCCGCCGCCGCCCGCUGAAGGCUACAGCGUCGCGGUGAUGCAGCACCUGAUGGUCGCGGCAGACAUGUAUGGGCUGGAGAGGCUGAAGCUCAUGUGUGAAGAUGAGCUGUGCAACAUUAUGGAUGCGGCCACCGUUAUGAGCACGUACGUGCUGGCGAGUCAGCACCGCUGUAAUCGACUCAAGGAUGAGUGCGUAGAAUUUAUGUCGUCAAAAGAAAUGUUGGCCGCCAUCCUCGAGACCAAUCAGCACUUCUUCAUGACACGUCGCCGACCACUGCCAUUGGAGGGGGAUCAUGAAGAGGAAGAAGUUGAUCACAGCAGGAAAUUCAAAAGGACUCGUACAAAAUAGAUAUUGGUUUCCUUUUUCUUUUUUUUGCAUAAAAGAGAAUUUUUAGCCAUAGCAAAGUGCCUGAAUCGUUUGUAAGCCAAAAAAGUCUGAAGAUUGUGGUACUAAAACAUUGGUACUUGUUUAGGGAAAUGAUUCAAAUCAUCUGACUGAUAUUAACGCAUGUGUCCACCGUUUACUCUGAUUUUAAUCA